GAUGUUAAAGCGGACUCUACCACUGUUAUUAUUCCAUAAAACAAAUUAAGAUCAGUUUUCGUGUAAAAUGGAUAAUUACAUUUAAAAAAUUAUUCGUUACUAUUGCACGAUAUGAAAAUAUUCUUUCGAAUCUUUUGACUCGAAAACCAUAAUGUCAAGCCCGUAGCUUAACUACGCAAUGCACUAAUUAUUCGGGGUCUACCUAAAUCGAAAUCCGAAGAGGUGGCAGCCCUAAAUUCAAUUUUGCAUUUACAUGCGCACAAAGAUAGAUAUGUAGAAAACGUUAGCUGAGUAGACCUUGGUCAAACAAAUUCAUACCAAUAACGUUGUCUUUGUAGCUAGGACGUUUUGUUGCAGUGAAUUUUCGUAGCUAUAGUGAUAAUGACUAAAGUACAUGAAAUUGCACAAAAUGUUAUCAAUUGCCUUACAUAAGUUUUGUUUGCAUUUCAGUGUGCAUAAAUGCAUCAAAACUAUAACACUCCUUGUCAUAUAAAGUUUAAUUCGAGACAUAAAUAUGGCGAAGAAUAUUUUGAAAUUCGUGAUUCUAACCUCUAAGUAUGUAAAAUAUAAUACCUCAUUAGGAAUCUUAAGUGCUUUAUCUUUUCGGAGGCUACACAUGGGUGUCGUAAAACCAAAAGAAGUAAAGAUCCCUGUUAAAUGGGGUCAUGUAUCUGCUAAACUUUGGGGCAAUGAGAAUGAGCAGCCGAUAUUGGCGGUACACGGAUGGCAAGAAAACGCCGGGACGUGGGACACCUUGGCGCCGUUGCUAUACAAAAAACGACCCAUACUCGCUAUUGAUUUACCUGGACACGGGCUAUCAUUGUGAUUUCCACCUGGUAUGGUGUACUUCCCGUGGGAGUUCGGUCGUCUAAUUCUCGACAUAAAAGAAUAUUAUAAAUGGGAAAAGAUCGCGCUGCUCUGUCACUCUAUGGGCUCCAUUGCCGGAUUUCGCUUCACCACAUUAUUCCCUGAUGACGUCACCUUUUACAUCGCCAUCGACAAUCUCGUUGCGGACGAUUAUUACUUGAACUCAGUCGUCGACAAAUAUCCGAGAACAAUGUUGAAAAUGCAACAGGCACAGUCGCAGUAAAACGAUGAACCACCGUCUUAUACCAUAGAAGAGAUGACUAAUAUUUGGUACAAGGCCUCAAGGGAAUCUAUCACUGUAGACAAUGUUAAGUACUUAUUAACGCGCGGGUCCAAGCCGUCGUCGAGUGAUCCUAACAGAUUAUAUUUUUCAAGAGAUUCAAGGUUGAAACAUAUUCUGUUUAAUCCGGAAGACAAGGGAUUCGUGGAAGCGCUCGUUAAAAGAUUGACUUGUCCCAUUUUAUAUGUUAAAUGUUUGGACUCUCCUUUCGCGUCUGACGACUUUUCUGUCGAAAUGCGCGAACUGAUUAUGAAGACGAAUCCUAAAUUUGACUGUCAUUUUGUGCCUGGCACACAUCACUUGCAUUUAAAUGAACCUGAAAAGGUAGCAAAUCUAAUAUUGCCGUUUUAUGAAAAGUAUAAUUUAAUGUAAUAAUUACUACAAUAUGUAUUUAAGCAUUGCGAUAACACAAUAUAUGAUUAUGAAGCGUUGAUUAGGUACCAAAUUUUUAAAUUCGUAAUUAUAGGUACUCGAUUUCUGUGUGCGAGAACACGUAGCAAAUACAAGUUUGUUUGUAAAAAAAUGUUAUAAUAUUGAAUUACUUAUAUAUUUACCGAAUAUACUACCGGCAAUAUCUCGGUUCGUUUUUAAAAUGGAAAAGUAAAAUUAUCUUACCUACAUACAUGUGUCCUUUUAACUGUAACCAAAGGCGGAUCCAGCUUUGGUGCCGGGGGGAGAGGUUCAUCGUGGUCAAGUCCUUGACGAAAUAUGUAAACAUUUUGUCAAGCUCUUAACCAAACAGCUAAAGGGGGUGGGUCAUAACCCCCCCCCCUGGAUCCGCCGUUGAC